GCAGACGUGGGUGGGGGAGUGAGGGGUAAUUUUAACUAUGAGCGAGAGCUUAAGAGAGAGCGAGAGAGAGAGAGGCUGCGCCGUACGGGUGAGCGGCGGGAUCCGUUAGCAGGGCUUUUCUUUGCGUUCGGGGAUCUUGGCUCGCAGCCCAGCUGGCGUUUUUUGUAAUCAAGGCAUGAUUCGGGACUCCAUGCGCUUCUUCCCCGAGCCGCGUCGGCUGCCUGCCGUUUGGAAGGAUCCCAGAUUUCCCUGCUGACAUGAACAGAGCUAGUCCCACAGAAAUGAUGAUGAUGAAGAAGGAACACAAGGACGCAGAGCUGGAUAAAAAGAUCAAGGCCUUACGGAAGAAAAAUGAAGCGCUUAUGAAACGCUACCAGGAAGUGGAGGAGGAUAAAAAGCGGGCGGAACAGGAAGGGAUGGCACUCCACAGCAGGAAGGGAAAGCCUGAUGAUCUGACCAUCACCAUCAACAAAUCCUCCAACGAUCAGCGUGUGGUGACCAAGCGUUCGGGCCCCGGAGGACUGAGGGACGGAGAGCAGGAGAAGGAUCCGGGAUCGAGCGUCUUCAGCAUCGGGAGAGGAAAGAGACGGCAGCUGCUCGUCACAACAUCAGGGAACGUCAAGGGGAAGAGGGUUUUCGGCGAACGAAAGGACAGAAACCGUCCCGUGAGUCCAGCGAGGUUGAAGUCUUGCGUUGAGGAAGAGCUGGAGUCUCUGCACAGUACACAAGGAAAACGGCGACCUCAGUCAACAAAGAGAGACAUGGAGGACGACGCAGGAAAACCGGAUCGAUGUGAGGACUCGUAUGUCGUCCCGGUCACAGAGGCCAUGGCUGACCUGAACCUCGUCUCAUCCCAAGAAGAGCAGCUGGAGUACCUGCGAUGGAAGAAGGAGCGCGAGGAGAUCGACCGCGAGCGCGUGGCCCGACACAAGAACGCCAAAGGCCAGUGGAGGAGAGCCUGGGACAUGGAGAAGAGCGAUCUGAUGUUCUCUGAAAAGGAACACGGAGGAACAUCAAACAGAGGAGGUCGAAACACCAGGAGAGGAAAUAUGAGAGCAGAACAAUCCAGAGUUCGACAGCAAGCGUCAGACGGGACGGGGAAGUGUGUUCCAGUGGAGGGCAGUAAAGCCAAGGGGAAAGACCGUCUGACGGGUCGAGCGAGGAGGUGGGAUGCUAAAGAGCAGGACGAGCAUUUGCAGGUGUGUCCAGAGAGCAGCUUGCAGGAGUUUUUAGAGGAACUCGACGCUCUUUGUGCUCCUGAGGUGGAGAGCGUCAAUCCAGAGACUGACAUUGAAAACACAAAGCCACGUGCAUCUGAAGACUCCGCCGGUGUCGCAGACCACAGUAGACGUGUUUCUACAGACGUGUCCGUUCUCAAGGCCACUGAGAAAAAGGUCCGCUUUUCUGAGAACAGUGAUACGAAUGGCACAGAAACACCUUCACAGGUCAAGAACGGCUCUGUGGAAGAAGACAGACAAACACUGGCGCGAGACGACAGCGAAUGUAUCCCGGAGGAGAUCAAAGAGCGGGAAAACCGUGUGCAGAGACCGAACCCGCUCACUGAAGCCAGCGAAGCGUCGUGUCCCAAACCCGGAGAUGUUCGUAUAUCAGCAGAACCGCACGAGAACCAACCUGUUGAACACACCAAAAGCUGCUCUAACAGAGGAAACGAAGAACUGAUGGACUCGAGUCUGUCUGUCCUGAAUCUGGAGCCGGCCGAGUCUCUUCCCGACCGCAGCACCAGCGCUGAUAUGGCCAGAGAGAAUGGGAAAGUGGUUUAGAUGGGAAAUGCACUAAACCCAAAACAAACAGAAGAACGGAAAUAUCAUUGGCUCAUGUCGAGUUACUCUAAACGCUUCUGUGCUUGGAGUGUUUUUGGGAAGGUUUGAGCGUCGUGUGGUUUUACUGGAUGCUGAACGCUGAAAACACUGGUUGUGAUUGUUCUGCUUAGUUUAUCUUCUCGUAGGUUAAAGAUUGUUAAUGCUUCAGCGCACAGUUAACCUUCAUCUAAGCCACUUUGGUGGGAUUUCAGUCUGAAAGCACUACAAACAACUUGAAUGUGUAACUUCAUGAAGUUUAGUGGAACAAACCCAUAGACACGGUGUGCAUUUAGACUUAACCAGCACACUAGCUGACUAACCUAGUCUUCUACACUAGUAUUCUUCAUCUUAACUCGUAUAUAUCUGACAGAAGCACAUGUGUCGUGGGAUUUGGUGUGGAUGGUUCACAAGGAUUGUACAAGUAUGUUAAUUAGCACUUUAUUGGGUAUGAAUGAACUGAAGGGUAUAAAACCAUUUGUUUUGUUUUGCUCUUUGAUUAAAAAUGAAGGACUAUUAAGGUCUAAAUUAUUGUUUUACAAAAGACUGCAGAAUGUUUUGGUUUCUGGUGGGUCGUUUGAAGCAGGUUCUCUGCUAGUUUAGCACUCAAACUGGUAAUUGUUUGAUUGUAAAUGGUAAUAAGUUUUAAUCGUGCUGAUGUUUCAUCAGUCCAGAUGAGUUGCACGGUGUUACGGUUUGAAGAACACACUUAAGUGACUAAAGGUUGAUUUUUAUAUUUUGCUGUCACUUUAAUUAAGUAUUUUGUGUUCAUUUGUGUUCUUUUGAAAUGAAUGUUAAAUAUUAAUAAUAAGCAUUAAAAACUUUUACCAGCCCUGUGCUGUGAUGCUUGCAC